AAUCAGAAGCGUUUGAGCAAUUUCAAGGUCACGGAGCCAAGUUCAACACGCGCUGCUAACAUACGAUCGGUUCACAGCAGAUUUUUGAGAGAUUAGAACUCGCACUAAUCAUUACCACAAUCAGGGAUGUUAAUACCAAGUUAUUCAAGCUACCCAAACUAAAGCAGGUAAUACUCCAUGUAAGAGUGUUGUUUAAAGUGUAGAUAGCCUAGCUAUAGUAUUUUUGGAAGAUAAUAUCUCAUGAUCGUCAUGAAUAGCAAUUUUCCAUAAGGCCUCACUUAACUCCGUAACUUCAGAUAGGAUAUUAUCAAUUCCAUACUCCUUUUAAAGUCACUUCCUCCAAUGCUUCUCGAAUAACUUAUUCAUUUGUCGCUUACUGUGUAUUUUCGUGGCACAUAUUAGUUACCAAGGUCUUUCCCCCCUUCUUUAGAUCAAUCUUAUCUAGGAGUUUUCAGAAUUUUUUUACUGCUGGGACCACUAUGUGGAAUUUUCAUAUCUUACUGUCGACAAAAUUAGCUGAAGUUUUGAAAUUCAAACAACCAUUCAGAACACGUAUAUACCAUUUCGCUCUUCAACCCAAGAUGAUUAAAUAUAAUGAGUCAAUAGACCCAGAAGAUCCUCGUCUCGUAAAAGCCGUUGCUCCAGCACAAAAAUGGGAACAUACGGGGUCCAAUUUUGAUGAACUUGUCUCAAGAAUUGUGGGGAUGAUGACCAUUCGAGGCGAAAGAGAGGUGGCUAGAAAUGUAAUGCGCAUGACGUUUAGAGAAAUAAAACUAAUACAGAUGCGGAAAAACAAAAGUAUUGCAAAUAUUUCGGAAAGUAAUGCUACUGUUAUUAAUCCCACUACUGUGAUUCAUGAAGCAGUAAAGAACUGUACACCUUUACUACUGCUACAAUCAGUACCACGUGGUGGUAUUUUGUACAAGGUUCCUGCUCCUCCAGUAUCUUCUUCCGUUGCCACGCAUACUGCAGUGAAAUUUAUUUUGGACGCAGCUAGAGGAAAGCCACGUGAUCAACGAAUAUGGAUAUCUCUGGCAAACGAAUUUAUGGUGGCUUCACAAAACCAAGGGAAAGCUGUCAAAUACAAGGUUGAAUUACAUAAACAAUGUGAAGAGAAUCGUGCAUAUGCUAAUUUUAGAUCACACUAACUAAUUUCCUUCCAAACUUCGUUUUUCUAUAGAAAUCGUACGCUUGUAAAUAUCCAUUCGUUAUAAUAAAUACUUACUUUUAU